UCUAACCUCCCUCUGUUUCUCUCUCUUCCUUUGCAGGAGACACAGACAGGGUCUUACCUUAGUGUGCAUUCUUCUCCUUUUCAGUCCACUUCUCCUCUCAGCAACAACAACCCCAUGUGAUUUGCCCAUUUCGAUUCCUCCCUCAUUUCUCGUCAUUAAUUAUUAUUAUUAUUAUUAUCCAUCCCCAUUCAUCAUCACCAUCUCUCCCUCCCUUCCUUCUUACCCAAUUUACUUGAUCAUCACUCCUCUCCGGCGACCAAACCCUCGAGCAAUCCCGGGAUUAUUCCCCCCCAUUUCUUUGCCCCCAAUCCCUCCCCCGAGCUCCCUGCUGUUGGGUUCGAUUUGGCGGGGUCGUGUUCAAUUUUAGCAACAAUUGCUGGCUGCGAGAUCUGCCCUCCUCAGGAAAUUGGAGUGCGACAGCGAGAUCCGUGCCCGACCUUGGCUCCACCCGUUCAUCCGAUUUGUGGGUUUAACCCCGGAGAACCGACCACGACGGUUUUGGAUCCGAUCGGUGGCGUAACAGCGCCACUUAGAUGGCGCUGUUCAGACGCUUCUUCUAUCGGAAGCCGCCCGACCGGCUUCUUGAGAUCUCCGAGCGGGUCUACGUGUUUGAUUGCUGCUUCUCGACUGAAGUCUUGGAAGAAGAUGAGUACAAGGUCUACAUGGGCAGGAUCGUAACGCAGCUACAGGAUUAUUUUCCUGAGGCAUCGUUCAUGGUAUUCAACUUCAGAGAAGGAGAGAAGCGGAGUCAAAUAUCGGAUAUCUUGUCUAGUUAUGACAUGACGGUUAUGGACUAUCCUCGGCAGUACGAGGGCUGUCCCUUGUUGCCAUUAGAAAUGAUCCACCACUUCCUUAAAUCGAGCGAAAGUUGGUUAUCAUUAGAAGGGCAGCAGAAUGUUCUCUUGAUGCACUGUGAAAGAGGAGGAUGGCCUGUUCUUGCUUUCAUGCUUGCUGGUCUCCUCUUAUACCGGAAACAAUACAGUGGAGAGCAGAAGACUCUUGAAAUGGUCUACAAGCAGGCACCUCGGGAACUCCUUCAUCUGUUGUCUCCUUUGAACCCGCAGCCUUCGCAGAUGAGAUAUCUGCAGUACAUAUCGAGGAGGAAUUUGAGUUUGGAGUGGCCUCCCUCAGACACGCCCUUACUCCUUGACUGUCUGAAUCUGAGAGUUCUCCCCUUGUUUGAGGGAGGAAAAGGCUGUAGGCCUGUGGUUCGCGUUUAUGGUCAAGACCCCUCAACACCGGCUAAUAGAAGCUCUAAGCUCCUCUUUUCGAAUUCAAAGAUGAAAAAGAGUGUGCGCCACUAUGCACCGGAAGAGUGCUUGCUGGUUAAGAUAGAUAUCCACUGUCGAGUUCAGGGGGAUGUUGUUCUCGAGUGCAUCCACAUGGACGAGGAUUUAGUUCGGGAGGAGAUCAUGUUCAGGAUAGUUUUCCACACGGCAUUUGUUCGGAAAAAUAUCUUAAUGCUCUCCCGGGACGAGGUUGAUGUCCUAUGGGAUGCCAAGGACCAGUUUCCGAGAGAUUUCAGGGCUCAGGUGCUCUUUAUGGAUGCUGAUACUGUUGUGCCUACUCUCACCACAGACACGUUCACCGAAGAUGGGAAUGAGACCGAGGCUGCUUCUCCUGAGGAGUUUUUCGAGGUCGAGGAGAUUUUCAGUAGUGUGGUGGACUCUCAGGAAGCUAAGGGAGAGAUCGAUAGCACAGUGCAGGACGUGGCCCUGCCAGAGGAUGAAGAGGACCAUAAGGAAAUCUGGAAGGAGGAUGCGGACCCUCAUGCAUUUCUCGAUUGUGCAUCGGAUGAUGGGAGUUCGAAACAGGAAGUGAAGUUGGAUUCAAGUAUUGAUGCAGUCAAGGACAUAGUUGUGGAUGAUGUUCAGUACAGGAAUGAUGAGGAGCGGGACCCGGUAAAGGAUAUUGGCAUAGAUGAUGGGAAUAUUAAGUUCAAGAGAGUGACUGCUGAGAAUCUCCCGUCAAAGGAUGAGGUUGAUGUGCAGGAAAAGCAUGAAGAUGUUGAAAAUGGGCAUCCUGUUGAAGACACGGCUACACAAAAGAAUAUAGAGGCCAAUACUCAACAGCAGUCGAAUGAUGAUAUCGAGAGGCAGAAGCUCGAGAAGUCUCUGUUAUCGCCACCUAAGAAAGGGGUUUCGGUCAACUCAAAAUCUAGUGGAGAUUCAGCACCCAAACAGAAGACUAAUAAUAAAUCGCAGGAACCACAGGCAAUCAAUGGGAAACAAGCGAAGCCAAAUGUGGUGCAUAGGUGGAUUCCGCCGAACAAGGGCUCUCACAUUAAUUCAAUGCACGUGACUUACCCUCCCUCGAGACAUAAUAGUGCGCCGCCGAUCCUUACUCUUACUUCUCCAAAAGAGCCUAAUUUGGGUGUCAGAUUGAAAAGUCCUUCCGCCCCUAAUGUUGGCCCUGGAGCUGCUACACCCACAUCCUCUCCGCCGAAAACGACUUCCCCGAUAAAAGAGGAUUCGCCUAAAACGACAUCAACACUGAAAGGGGAUUCUCCAGUGUCAACUUCAGCACAUACAUCCCCUAGCUUGCAGAAGAAGGUUGCUCCGACAACGCCACUGCCAGAGUCUCCACCAUCUCCUCUAUCUCCACCACCCCCUAGGCCGCCGCCGCCGCCACCUCUGCCUCGUUCAGGCAGCUUGUCGAUUGCUCCAGCUUCCACAUCUUUUGGGGGCACUAUCCCUACUCCUCCCCCUCCCCCUCCCCCUCCCCCUCCACCAUUUGUGACAUCCAAUCACCAUAAUGUUAGGACAGUUUUGCAGUCUCCUCUCCCGCCUCCACCGCCCCCUCCCCCUUCUUCAGGUAGGCAAAGUAGUGGAAUGAGCUUGCCACCUCCACCUCCCCCACCACCUUGGAAGCAUGUAUCUUCAUCAGUAACAGCUACUGCAGUGGCUGGUUCAGCACCUCCACCUACUCCACCUCCCCUACCGCCUCCAUAUUCAAGUGCUACUUUGAUCACGCCAAAAGUUGCGCCACCACCGCCUCCUCCACCACCGCCGACAUCAUCAACUCCAUCUUAUGGAGUCCCACCCUCACCACCUAUACUACGAGGAGCUACUCCUCCACCUCCACCGCCACCUCCUCCUCCAACACACGGCGCCUUUUUCCCUCCACCGCCGCCGCCGCCACCGCCUCCACUUGGAACACCAACUCAAUUAAGUAGAGCCCCACCUCCACCACCACCUCCUCCAAUACGGGGAACUCCAACUCCUCCACCACCACCACCCCCGCCAACACCAUCACUACCAAUAAGAGCCUCAUUUGCAACACCUCCUCUUCCUCCACCCCCACCUCCAUUACCUGGUGGAUCUUCGCCUCCGCGACAGUCUCCACUUAUACAAAGGGGCCCACCUCCACCGCCUCCGACUCCAAUACGAGGAGGCCCACCUCCACCACCUACAUUGCCCGGGGCCCCACCGCCGCCGCCGCCUCUGCCUGGAGCACCACCUCCACCUCCUCCGCCAUCUCGUGGAGCCCCACCUCCACCUCCACCUCCAAUACGCGGAGCCCCUCCUCCACCUCCACUGCCAUCACACGGAGCACCGCCUCCACCUCCACCACCACGUGGAGCACCUCCACCACCACCUCCACCGGGUGGAGCACCAACGCCGCCACCACCUCCAGGUGGAGCUUCUCGUGGAGCCCCACCUCCACCGCCUGUUCCUGGCGCUCAUGCUCCUGGCCCUCCAGGAGCACCAAGGCCUCCUGGGGGUGGACCACCACCACCUCCUCCUUUCGGGGCAAAAGCUGCUGCUCCUCCUGGUCCUCCACCUCUUGGUGCCGGAAGAGGACGGGGGCUUGCACGGCCAGGUGGGAUGGCUGCUACCGCUAGGAGAUCUUCCUUGAAGCCUCUGCAUUGGAGCAAAGUAACAAGGGCACUGCAAGGAAGCUUAUGGGACGAAUUGCAGAGAAUUGGAGAAACUCAGGUGUCUGGGUUUGACGUCUCGGAAUUGGAGACACUUUUCUCUGUGAAUGUCCCAAAACCAGCUGAUAAAGGUGGAGGGCGACGAAAGUCUGUUGGAUCUAAAACUGAUAAAGUCCACUUGAUCGACCUGAGACGGGCCAACAACACAGAAAUUAUGCUCACAAAGGUCAAGAUGCCUCUCCCAGACAUGAUGGCUGCAGUUUUAGCUAUGGAUGAAUCAGUAUUAGAUGUAGACCAGGUGGAGAAUCUCAUAAAAUUCUGUCCUACGAAAGAGGAGAUGGAACUUCUUAAGAAUUAUACUGGCGACAAGGAGAAUCUUGGAAAGUGUGAGCAGUACUUUUUGGAGCAAAUGAAAGUACCACGAGUGGAAUCAAAGUUGAGAGUAUUUUCUUUCAAGAUUCAGUUCGGAACUCAGAUUUCAGAAUUUAGGAAGAGCCUUACCACCGUAAACUCUGCAUGUGAAGAGGUGCGAAAUUCCUACAAGUUGAAGGAGAUCAUGAAGAGAAUUCUUUUCCUUGGAAACGUAUUGAACCAAGGAACUGCUAGAGGAUCUGCAAUUGGGUUCAAGUUGGACAGUCUCUUAAAACUUACUGAUACACGCGCCACUAAUAACAAGAUGACCCUCAUGCAUUUUCUUUGCAAGAAACUUGCUGAUCACUCCCCUGAGCUCCUCGAUUUUUACAAGGAUCUUGUUAGUUUGGAAGUCGCAUCAAAGAUUCAAUUGAAAUCGCUCGCAGAAGAAAUGCAAGCUAUUAUUAAGGGUUUAGAGAAGGUUAAGCAGGAACUGGCAGCCUCUGAAAAUGAUGGCCCUGUAUCGGACGUUUUUCGAAAGACUUUAAAGGAAUUCAUCGGAGUUGCUGAGGCAGAGGUGGCGUCCCUGACAAAUCUAUAUCAAGUUGUGGGUAGAAAUGCCGACGCCCUUGCUCUAUACUUCAAUGAAGAUCCUGUAAGGUGCCCCUUUGAGCAAGUUACAGCGACCCUUCUAAACUUUGUUCGGCUUUUCCGGAAAUCACACGAAGAGAACUGUAAGCAGGCUGAACUAGAGAAGAAGAAGGCUGAGAAGGAAGCAGAGAUGGAGAAGGCAAAGGGCGUCAACCUCACAAAGAAGAACGCUGAUAGCUAAAAGAUGGAUGAAUUAAUUGCCCACGUCUGUCUUUAAAAGCUGAGCUCUUGCCUGAGAGCAGUGUUCGGCUGUGCAGAUCGGCAGCCGUGAAAGGCUUUUCGGAAGGAAAAAGAAAAAAUUGCCCCAGCAGUUGGGUUAAUGAGUGCCAACCUUGCCACGGUUUAGAUGGGCCAGAUGCUAAAGCUUGCCGACUGGAUUGCUUGGAAUCUCGAUGGGAGAAGGUAAUGGAUAACCAGGAAUAAGCUUUGGAAGGAGACUGACGGGGUUGUUUGGAAACUUACUGCCAUCUAGAAUGGCAUUUUUGCCCUUUCGUGAUUGAAUGUUUCUGAUGGAUUUCCGCGAUCCCACACGAAAGAGCUUCUGCUGCUGCGGUCCGCUCGGGGAUUAGUUUUUUUUUUGGGACGCCCGGGGAUCUGCAAAGCGCGAAGGCCCAGCUGUAUCAUGACACUGUACAAAGCUCCAACUAACUUACCUACUCAUUUAGGAUCCAAUUCUUUUUUUCCAUGUAACAUAAGUCGGGCUGUAGCCCCAGUUUUUCCUAUGUUUGUCCGAUAUUUUUGAGCGGGACCCGUGAAGUUAGGUGUAUAGAUGGUCAGGUUAGGGUAGAUGGAUUAGGGAACGGGUCCCUUGUUUAGGGCGUAAGUGUAAGAUAAAGCUAUAUAGAGGGUGGCAGUAGAGAAAAUCUGCUCAUUGUUUCCGAUCAAUUCAUUGUAUCUCUAUUCUUGAUGGAAAUUUUAAAGGAUCAUUUUGUGAUGCCAUGUGAGUGGUCUUUCUAGA